AUGAAUAUAAUAGAAGCUAAAAAUAAAAAAGUAUCUAAUAAACAAAAACAGUAUGUUGAAAGUGUAUCUAAUUUAUGCUUUUAUUCAACACAAUCUCUAAAAUAUUCGGAAACAAGGAAAAGAAAUGCUUCUUUAUGGGAUUAUAAUAAUGAUAAAAUAAAUGUAAAAUCUAGUUUCCUAAAUCACUCAGGAAGUAUUAUAAAAAGAAAAAAAGAAAAGUUUUACAAAAAUAGCGGCACGUACGAGCUAGGAAGAACACAUACAAAUGAUGAUUGUGAUAAUAAAUGGAAAAAAAACAAUUUUAAUAAAAUAUAUUUUGAAAAAGAUAAUAUGAAAAUAUUUAAAACUUACAAUAUAGAUAAUUCAAUUAGGGAAAAAUAUAAAAAAAAUGAGUUCAGUUAUUCAGACAAUAUUUUAAGUAAAGCAAAUUUCGAGCAAAAUUAUGAGAAAAGCAUUUGUAAAGUUUUGAAUAAAUAUUCCAAAAAAUUCAAAACUAAAUCUUUUGAUAUAAAAAUAAAUUCUAAUAUUUUUGAAAAAUAUGAUAAUAAAGAUUUUAAACUAAAGGAAAACGUUAACAACACAAAAAGUAUCCCUGGGAAACAAGUUUUAAAUUUUACGAGAAAAACAUUCAAUGUUUAUCGUCCUUAUAUUCCAUUAAAAGAAGAAAAUAUGUAUGUAAUAAAAAAUAAAAAUUAUAAUAUAAAUGAAAUUAAUACGAAACAAAAAUCUGCAUAUUAUUUAAAUGAAACAAAAGACAUUUCAAGUUAUUCAAAUAUUACCAAAUUUAAAUCAGAAAAUCUUAGUAGUAAAAAUAAAGAGAACAAUUAUAUUUUGUUACCUUUUAAACUUCCUCCAAAUAAAAAAAAAGAAAAUUUCAUUCAUCAAAAUAAAAAAUUAAAAAAUGAUGUAAAUUAUGAAAUUCGUAUGGAUAAAAACAAAAAAGAGAAUUUUCUGAUAAAUAAAAAGAAAGAAAUUCAAAAUAAAAAAUUCACAUAUUUAAAAAAACAAUUCAAUAUUGAUCAAAAUAGUCAACUAAUAUUAUCCAAAUCACAAUGUAAUAUUAUGAAAAUAAAUAACAAAAUCAAGGAAAAAGGAGUUGAUAUAAAAAAUUUAAAAUAUAGCUUAUAUUUAAGUAAAGAUAAUAUAAAUGACAGAAAAGCAAGUAACAGUAAACUAAUUAAAAGUAAAAAUGAAAAAAUUAUAUAUUUUUUUAAUUAUAAUAAAGAUACUUUAAAAUAUAAAAUAAAGAAAGAUUUAAAAGAGUAUACUUCAAAUUUAAACAAUGAGGAUCAAUUUAAUAAGUCUAUAUUAAAUUCUACUGGUAAACAUACUUUUUCAGGUAUUAAUAUAGAGUUAAAUAAGAUAAAUGAGGGAAUAAAGGAAUAUGCUAAUGAAGAUGAUAAUAAGAAAACAAAAACAAAAAAAACAGAUUUAAAAAAAAAAAAUGAAAGUAUUUUAGGUUGUAAUUCUAAUAAAAGUUUAAAAGGUAUUCUUUAUAGUGAUAAUGAAAAAGUUUACACAGAUAAUGAUGUUACAAAUAAAUUUUGUGAUACGAUAAAAAAAAAUAACUAUAAAGAAAAAGUAGACAAAUUUCUUGAAGAACAUUCAAAAAAUAAUAUAUAUACGUAUAAGGGACAUAAUGAUGAAAUAUUAAAAAAAAAUAAAAAUGAAUACGAAAAUAUAUAUAAAAAAAAGACGAAUUAUGAAAAUGCAAAUAAAAUUUCGCAAAUAAAGUAUGUUAAUAAUUGUUUACCGCAUAAUAAUAUACAUAAUGAAACAGAAAAAUCUGGUACUAAUAUAUCAAAAGUAAAAUUAGAAGUUGACUACUCAGAAAAAAGAAAAUUCAAUUCACACAUAGAAAACUUAAGAAAAGAAAAAUUAGAAAUCGAAAAAAAUAAAAAAGAAGAAUCAAAAUCAUGUGAUUUAAAUAAAAAAAAUUUAAAAAGAAAAUUAAAAUUACAAAAAAAAAAAUCAAAUACAGAAGAAUUAGAAGUAACAAAAAUUGAUGAAAAAAAUGAGUCAAUAGGACUAUCAGAUUUGCCAGAGAAACAUAUAUCUUUAGAAAAUUUUGAGAAGAACAAAUUGAAGAGAGAUACAUUAGAAAAAAAACUUCAAAAAAAAAGAAAAUUAAAAAUAAAAAAUUCAGAAACAGAUGUACUAAGAAAUAGUAUAUCAAAAGAAAAGUUUGAAAAGGAUAAUGCAAAGAUAGAAAAACGUGUAAAUAAAUCAGAGAUUAACCCAUCAAAUGAAAAUUUUGAAAAAGAUAAAUAUAAAAAAAAAAAAAAAGAAAAAAAAUCAAAAAAAGAGGAAUUCGAAAGGAAUGAAUAUGAAUCAGGUGAAAGUUCUGUAGAAAAUAAGCCAAGAAUUGAAAAGUUAACGAAAAUUAAACCAGAGGAAAAAUAUUUUAAAAAUGAAAAUAAAAUAAUAGAACUAAAAAAAAGUGCAAAAAAAAUAAAGAUAUCAGAGAUAAAAAAGGAUGAAAAAGAAAUAUCUGAAACAAGUGAAUCAUGGGGAAAUAAAUCAGGAAAUAUUAAAUUAAAAGAAAAAUUAGAAAAGAAGAAGCUAGUAACAAAAAAACUAGAGAAAAACAAAUCAAAAUUAGAAAAAUUAAAAAAAAGUUUAUUAGAAUUAGAAAAUUUAAAAAAGAGUUUAUCAAAAUUAAAAAAUUUGAAAAAAAGUUUAUCAGAAUUAGAAAAAUUUAAAAUAAGAAGGUAUAAAGAAAAAACCUUAGAAACAAAAAAGUCAAAAGAAAAAAAUAGACCUAAAAUAGAUGAAAUAAUGAGAUAUAACACUGAAGAAUCACAAAAAGAUGAAUCAGGAAAUAAUAAUUCAAAAGAAAAAUUAGAAGAGAAAAAAUCAAAAAUAGAAAAAUUAAAAAUUAUCAAAUGUGAAACAGAAAUAUCUGAAACAGGAAAAUCAGAAACAAGUAAAUCGGAUAAUAACAAUUCAAAAGAAAGUUUGGGAAGAGAAAUGUUAAUAAUAAAAAAUUUAGAGAAUGAUAUGUUAAAGAUAGAAAAAUUAAAAAUGAAAAUAUAUAAUAAAGAAAAUUUAAAAAGAAUUAAAUCAUUUAGAAGAAAGUUAAAUGAAAAAAAAUUUGAAGAAAAUAAAUUGAAAAUGGACAAAUAUUUGGAAGAAACAUUUGAAAUAGAAAAAUUAAGAAAAAAUAUAUUAAAAUUGGAAAAAUUAGAAGAGAGUAUAUUAAAAUUAGAAAAAGAAGACAUAGAAUCAAAAUUUGAAAAAUUAAAAAUGAAAAAGUGUCAAAAAUUAGGAUCUAAAGUGGACGAAUCAGUUGAAGAGAAACUAGAAAAAAAAUUAGAAGAGAUCAAAUUAAAAUUAAGAAAAUUAAAAAUGAAAGAGCAUGAGGAUGAGGCAGAAAUCAAUGAGAAAAAAAGUUCACAAAAAAAUGAAUUAAGAAAAAAAAAAUCAGAAAAAUUGGAAGUAAAGAAAUAUAUUACGGAAACGUCUGAAACUGAAAGAUCAAUAACAGAAACAGGUGUAACGGAUAAAUCAGAAACGGACAUAUUAAAAAAUAAUAAAUUAAAAUUAAGAAAAUUAAAAAAAUGCAAAAUAAUAUUAGGGAAAUUAAAAAAAAAGAAAUAUAAGGGAGAUAUAUCUGAAAUAAAUGAAUCAGAGAAGAAACAAUUAAAGGAUGAAAAAACUAAAAAAAAUACACCAUUGAUGGAUAAAUUAGAAAAGAACAGAUUAAAAUUAAAAAAAUUGGAAAAUUACAGAAUAAAAGCAAAAAAAUCAAAAAAAAGCAAACAGGAGUCUUCAAAAUUAAAAGUGAAGAAAUAUAUGGAAGAACAAUAUGAAAAGGAAGAAUUAGAAAAUAUAUUUUUAGAGAAAAAAAUGAAAGAUAAUAAACCAAUAAUAAAUCAAUUAAAUCCAGAAAAAUUAGAAAUACAAAUUUCUGAAAUAAAAUAUUCUGAAUCAGAAAUGUCUAAAACAAAAGAAAUAGAAAAAGUGGAAAAUAAUAGAUCAAAAUUAGAAACAUUUUGCCUUGAAACAGAGAUGCCAGAGAAUUAUCAAUCUGAAAAAGAAAUAGAAAAUAUAUAUAAAUUAAAGAAAAAAAAAAUAAAAUUAGAUAAAUCAAAAAAGAAGAUACAUAAAAGUAAGUUAGAAACUAUUAAAUCCAAAAAAGAGGAACUAAAUUUUGAUAGAUCAAGGAAAAAUAAUUCAGAUAUAAAAUUAUCAAUAAGGAAAUCAAAAGAAAAUCUAGAAACAGAUAGAUCUAAAAAAAAAAUGUAUAUAGAAUAUAAAUUAAAAGAUAAUGAAUUCGAAUUAGAAAAAUUAGGUAAUGAUGAAAUGAAAGAAGAGAAAUCAGAGGAUGAAAAAUUAGGAGAAAACAUAUAUAUAGAAAGUUAUGAAAGAGAAAUGUAUAAGGAAGAAAAAUCUCAUAGGAAUAAAUCAAUAUUUGAUAAAUUAAAAAUAGAAAAAAAUGGUAAAAAAAAAUCAGAAGAAAGCAUAUUGAAAAAAAAUAAAACUCAUAUAGGUAACAUUUCUGAAACAGAGAAACUUAAAGAAAAAUUAAAAUCUACGAAUAAAAAAAUUAAGGAAAGAAAAUCAACACCUGAAAAGUUAAAAGCAAUAAAAAUUAAAAAAAAGAAAGAGAAAUCAAAAAGAAAGUCAAUAGAAAAAGUGAUAGAAAAUGAAAAUUCAAAGAAUAACAAUGCAAAAAAUGAGCAAAUUAAUAUAUUAAAGGAUACUUUUAAUAAUAUUGGUGUACAUGAAUAUAAAUGUUCCAACUUAAGUAAUUUGAAAGAAGUUUCAGAAAAAAGUAGCAAAGAAGAUACUAUUAGCAAAAACUUAAAAACAAUUAAUUAUGAUGAACAAAAUAUACAUGACAGCACAAAAAUUAACAAUUUUCAAAUAAAAGAUUACAAUGAAAACAAAAGAGAAAUAAAAAAAAAAAUUAUAAAAAUUUUUAAAUCUUCUUUGGAAGAUUUUUAUUUUAAUAAAAAUACAUAUUCUCCAGGAACGUUAACUUUAAAUAACAUACACAAAGAAAAUGGGGGCAACUUUCAUAGAAACCUAGAUAAUAACGAAAGCAAUCAUAAUUUUUAUAACAUGAAUGCAUGUAAAGAAGAUAACUAUAAAAAGAAAAAGACAUAUACAAAUAGUAUAAGUAGAAGUAAAAUUUCUCUUGGAAAUGAUGAUUUUGAAAAUAUAAGAAAAGAAAACAUUGAAGUGAAUAAUAUGGGAAAUAUGGACUAUUAUAAAAAUAGAUAUAUAGAUGUAAGUAGAUAUAUAAAUGAGAAUGAUUUUAAAUCUAAGGAUAGAUAUAAAAGUGAAAAUUUCAAAUUAGGUAAAUUAUAUGAUAUUUAUAAUAGCAACAAAGGGAAUUACUUAAAUUAUUAUAAUGAAAUUAAUAAAUAUAAUUCAAAUAAAGAAUAUUAUUAUAAUGAAAAUGAAGGAGAUUACGAAAAUAUAUAUAAAAAGGACAGUCUAAUUGGCACGGAAAACAUAAAAAAACAGGAUAUACGUUACAAUAAUGAAAUAUAUUUACAUAAAUAUGAAAAUUUAACAAAAAGCAAUGAAAAAAUACACUUAGAUAUAUUAUAUAAAUCUCAACCUAGUGAAAUAAAGCUACCUAAUAAUUUAUCUUUAUUUAUAAAGAAAAAAAUUGAUGUAGAAUUAAAAAAAAAUAUGUAUAAAAAAAUAUAUCAAAUAGUAAAUAAAAACAACUAUGAUAAUAAAGAAGAAAUAAAAAGACUUUUACGUUUAUUUUUUAAAUAUAUGAAAUUAAAUAAAUUCAUAAGUAAAUCUGAUUUUCUACUUAAGAAUGAUACAGAAAAAGUUAAAAAAACCAUACAAAAAAAAAGAAAAAAAAGAAAGAAAAUAAAAGAAAAUAAUGAAAAUAGACAAGAAGAUGUAAACAAUAAUAGUAAUAAUACAAAAAAAAGAAAAAUGAAAAUAAUUAAUGUUGAUAACGCUACUAAUAAUUUACCUCUAACUAUGCUAAUAAUAAGAAAUUUUGAAGAAAAAAAAAAUUUUGACAAAAACAUUAAGAUAAGAUAUAAGGUGGAAUUGGUUAGUUUAAAAAAACCAUUUAAAAUAAAAGAAAUAAUUGAAAAAGAAAAAUACCUUUUUUCAAGAGUAGAAAAAAUAUAUGAUUUUUCUAAUUUAGAUAAAAAUAAAACCAAUGAUAAUUACAACCUUAUAAAUAAAUAUAUUCCAUUUCCAAACAUGAAAAACUAUUUAUCUGAAUAUCAGCACAAAUUUACAAUUUGUAAAUCUAAAAGUGGAAAAAAAAUUAACUUUUUUAAUAUGAAUAAUAUUUUCAAAACGAAUGAAAAAAAAAAAAAAUAUAAUGUCAAAUUUGAUGGAAUGAAAGAAAAUAUAAAGAGAGAUAAUGAUAAUUAUUCUUUUGAAACAAAAUCAAAGUUAAAUAUGUUCACAUAUGCAUCAUUUAAGGAAAAAGAAAGCAAAAAUUUUUUAAUAAAAAGAGUAUCUAUAAAAAAAAAAGAAAAUGAAACUUUAAAUAAAAAUGACAUAUUAAAAUAUAGUCAUAAGAAAAUGUUACUUUUAAAAAGCUUUUCUAGUCAAAAUAAGAAUAAAACUGCAAAUUCUAAUAUAUUAUCUCCAAAAAAAAAAAAUUAUGUAUUCAAAAGUUUUGCUAUGAACAAUAUAAAUACUUCUUUUAAUAGAAAUGAGUAUAUAAUAAAUUUCAAUAAAUAUACUGAAAAGAUAAAAGAGUGCAUAACAACAGAUAAGAAUUCUGAAAAAAUGAAUCAGACAUAUAAGAAUAGUUUAGGUCAUGUAGACAGUUUUUUAAAAGUAAUGGAUAAUAUAAAAAAUAAGAAAUUUAUUCUAGAAAGUCAUAAAUCAGGUAUGGAAAAAAUAGAUAUACAAAAAAGUAAAAAUAUUAAUCUUUACGAAACUAAUAUAAGUAAAUAUAAUAGUUUAAAAAUUUCAUUAAAAGACUUAAAAAAAAUUGGUGUUAAAAAGAAAGAAGAAAGUAAAAAUACAAGUCAUUAUAAUAUGAAAACUCAAGGUCUAUCUUCAAAUGAAAAUUUAUAUAAAGUUGAACUUAGUAAUAAUAAUUAUAAUGAAUAUAUAAAAAUUAAAGAAAAUAAGAAAAUUCAACAAGAUAAGACUAUAUUGGAGAAUAAUGAUCAUACUAUAAACAAUAACGAACAUAAUAACAUCUAUAAAAAUGAAAAAAAAAAGGGAAGUGAUAAAUAUGAUAAAAAUGAAAACAUAUAUAAAUUUAUUGAUAAAAAAAGUAAUUAUGUAAAAAAUAAGAAUGAAAAUGAUUCUAAAAUUUUUGAUAAAAAUGGUAGUCAUAAAAAAAAUAAAGAUGAAAAUUCUUACAAAAAAAUUGAUAAAAAAGAUAGUUACAAUAAAUAUGAAGACAUUUAUAAAAAUAUUGAUGAAAUAAGUAAUUACAAUAAAUAUGAAAAUAUUUAUAAAAAUAUUAAUAAUAAAAAUGGUUACGAUAAAUGUGAAAAUAUUUAUAAUAAUAUUAAUAAUAAAAGAAGUUAUGAUAUAUAUGAAAAUAUUUAUAAUAAUAUUAAUAAUAAAAAAAAUUAUGAUAAAUAUGAAAAUAUUUAUAAAAAUAUUGAUGAAGGAAGUGAUGAUAAAUAUGACAAUAUUUAUAAAAAUAUAAUUAAUAAAAGUAAUUAUAAAAGAGAAAAAUUUAAAAUUAUACAUAAUAAAAAUAGUCAUAAAGUCGAUAAACAUAAUUUUGAUAAUUAUGAUAAUAUCAAAAAGGAAGAUACAUAUAUUUCUAAUCAAUCUAUAGGAAAUGAGAAAGAAAAAUAUACUAAUAAAAUAGAGGCAGAUAAAGAAAAAUUUAGUGUUGAAAUUUUGAAUGAAAAAAAAAAAAUAGAUAAAAAUAUAAAUUUACAAUUUAGACAUAGUAAAGUAAUCAUAAAAAAGAACAGUUAUAAGAAUCACCAUAUAAAUGAAAAAUUUUCAUACUCUCAGAUAAGAAGAUCUUCAGAAAUUUUGAAAGAAUCUAUAAAAAAGAAUAAAAAAGAAAACAAUUACAAUAUUAGUAAAACAGAAAAAUAUAUAGGUAAAUUAAAUAAAAAUAAUGCAGUUUCUGAAGUGAAAAACUUUGAAAAUAUAAUGAAGAUAGAGGGGGAAAAAAAAAAAUACUAUGAUUUUGAUAAAAAUAGAAAUAAAAACAAAAAAUUUAAUUUUGAUUUUAAAAUAAAAGGUAACACUGUGGAAACAAAGGAAAACGAAAUAAAUAUUAAUAAAAAUAGUUUAAAAUUAAAUAUGAGAAAACGCAAAGAAAAUGAAACAAAUGAUUUUUCAAAAAUAAUUAAAAAGAAAAAUUUCUCAAAAUUAAAUAGAACAAAUAAUUUAUCAAAGAUAAUUAAAAAGAAUAAUUUCUCAAAAUUAAAUAGAACAAAUAAUUUAUCAAAGAUAAUUAAAAAGAACAAUAUCUCAAAAUUAAAUAGAACAAAUAAUUUAUCAAAGAUAACUAAAAUGAACAAUAUCUCAAAAUUAAAUAGAACAAAUAAUUUUUCCAAAAUAAUUAAAAAAGGCAAUUCUUCAAAAACGAUUAAAAAAAGUAAUUUUUUAAAAUUAAAUAAGACAAAUGUUUCUAUAAAAAAUAUAAAUAAAAAAGAAAAACUUGCAACUAUACAAAAUGUCGAAAGAAAUAUAUCAAUUUAUGAUGAUAAAGAUGGUACAUUCAAAAAAAAUACAUCAAGAAAAGUUAAAAAAUUAGUUAAAUCAAGUAAGAAAGUAUCACCGAAUUUCAAUUAUCCAUUUUCAUUUGAAUCAGAAAUAGAAAUAGAUGAAAAUUUCAUAAAAAAUAAUAAAAAAGAAGGAUUAAAUUCAAGUUAUAUUGAUUUAAAAAAACUGAAUUUUUCUAAAAGUUCUCUUGAAAAUUUUAUUGAAAAAAAUUUAUUUGAAAAAUCUAAUUCUGAAAUAAAAUUUGGCUAUACAAAAAAAAAAGACUUUCAAAUUAUUUCCAACACAGAUAAUUCACUUUCAAUAAAAAAAAAAAAAAAAAGAAAAAAAAAAUUAUUUGAAAAAAAUAUAAAUUCAAAAAAAACGUCAAGAAAAGAUCAAUCCUCUAAUAUAAGCUACGAUAAGAAUAAAAAACAACUUUAUUUUUCAUCAAAAAAUCUUAUAAAAAAAAAAGGUAGUACAACAUAUCAGAAAAAAAAAAAAAAUUCCAAAUUUUCUAUUCCUAAAGAAAAAGGUCAAUUAAAAAUUUUUGAUUUAAAUAAGAACUUAAGACAUUUUGGUGAUUCUUUUAUAUAUAAAAAGAAAAACUUUAAUAAAAGUUUACAUGAUGAAAAACGUAAUAGCUUUGAUGAAAGUUUAAAAAAAUUUUUUCAUAUUAAACGUAAAGUUAAAUUGAGCAAAAACAUAACAAUCAAUUUUUCAAAUGAUUUGGCAAAUUUAGAAACGAUGGAAAGUAAAAAUGAAGAAAGUGAAGUAACCAGUAAUAAAGAGGAACAAAUGAUAUUUAAAGAAAAAAAUAAUAAAUCAGACAAUGCUCUAGUAAUUAAGAUAAAUAUAAUAACAAUAUUUCUGCUUGAUUUGCAUAUUAAAAAGGCGAAUAUGAAUAGUAAUUAUUAUAUGAAAGUAACUAUUUAUUUUUCUAAUGAUAUCAAAACAAUUAAAAAUAAUUGUGUUACUGAAACGUUUCAAAGCUAUUUUACAUCUUACACUAACGGCGUUGGUUUAUGCUCUGAUGCUUUUAAAAAAAUUAAUUGUGGAAGUUCAUCAAAAAACUUAUUUAAGAUUGUUAUAUCUUGUCGUAAAGAAAAGGCUAUUUUAAAAAAAGAACUAAUAAAACUAUAUAGUAGAACUUUUGAAGCGCCAGUAGAUUUAAGAACUUAUAGCUUAUGUAGAGAUAAAAAAUACUCAUACGAAACAAAUAGUGUAAAUGAUGAACAUUAUGAAAAUAAUGGUACUAUUAUAUUUGGAACACUGUAA